GAGAAGAAGAAGAAAAGGAGGAAGAAGAGACACACACACACACCUGCGGUUUUCUGUUAGCAUAGCUUCAGGUGAACAUGUCUGCUGCGGAAGAUGACACGGAAUUGCGGGACCUGGUGAUCCAGAACUUGGAGAAUAGUGGAGUCCUGAACAAGAUGAAGGCGGAGAUGAGGGCUGCAGUGUUUCUGGCCAUGGAGGACCAAGAUAGACUGGAGAACAAAGUCCCGCUCGUCAAUGAAAGCCUAAAGAAGUGUCUGAACAGCAGAGACGGUCGCCUGGCAGUGGCUUUCAUCGUGGACUUCCUGCAGGUCUUCAGCUUGGAUUUCAGCCUGGCGGUGUUCCUGCCAGAGAUCAACUCUCCAAACGGUGUGGACAGCAGGGAGGUGGUCUGCAGAGAGCUGGGUCUUCGGGACUCUGAGGUGGACAAGAGCUCUCCGUUGCUGCUGGAGCUCCUCAGAACUGCACCACGCCCCCCCCAACAGGAACUCUCCCAGAACCAACUCCAAAAUGUUCAGAAGACCUUUGACCUUUACAAGAAUCAGAGUGGCCUGCUGCAAAGGCGAGAUUUGAAGAGCAUUUUCACAGAUCUGCUCCCGAGUUUGAAUCAGCACGACUUGGAGAAGUUCUUCGCCAAUGAGCUUCAGGCAGCAGACCAGGAGAUGGACUUCCAGUUCUUCCUGCUGUUGUUCAAGCGUCUCCUCCCUCGCUGUAGUCAUGCGGACGGCGUGCCGGUGUUCCCUGCAGACAAUGAAGAUCUUCAGCAGCUAACAACCUCCCCCAACCAGAAGCAGGAGCACUUAGACCUGGACUUGAAUGCAGUGGUAAAUCUUGAAGAAGAGGACUCGUUCUUCGACGAUCCUCUUCCGAAGCCUCAGAAGACGUAUGGCUGUCCAACAUCUUCAGCUGGAGAGAAGGACUUUCCAGAAAAGACCCAGUCACAGCAGUGGACGGGCCCCGCUGAGACCAGGGGGAGUCAUGCAGAGUCGCUGUCUGGGGCUCUAAGGCCAGGAGGAAGAGGAGGGGCUGGCAGCAGAAAGGGAGCCUCAGACUCCAGGGACGGGAGCUUCAGGGCCCCCAGUGACAGAACAGACGAGGACUUCGAGUAUGACGAUGACUUCCACAGCCAUCGCUCCGAGCUCUCCAAGAGUGAGCAAAGCAUCGAUGAGGAGAUUCAGGAAGUUUCCAUUGAGGGCCCUGACAGCAGCGACAAGCUUGAAGAAACUACGCUGGACGUGAGCGUGUCGCAGCUCAGCCAGGCUGACGCCGCUGAUUUCAUGGAGGACGUGUCGUGAGGGUGUCGGUGUGGCCUCUGCCUUUGCAGUAAAGGCCUGUGCUGCUGGCCUGACGAGGGAGCGUCUCCUGACCAGGAUCUGCAGCGGUCAAUCAGUCAUAUCCACUUCUACAGAUCUGAAAAGCUGCUGUCCUCUCCUCAUGCCUCCCUUUCCACACUGCACAUGUAUGUUCAUGCUGACCUGGUGGGACUGAUCUGAUCUCACAUGAGACUUCUGCUCUCCAGCUUUCACCUUCCUGAAGCUGCUCUUUUGUGGUGGUUCUGGUUCUGAGGCUGCUCAAUCCCUGCAGAAAGAGAUGCUCUCCAUCUGUGAUGUAGAGAAGCUGCAGUGUGCACGUGAGCGUGCACACUGCAGCUGAAAGAGGAAGGCAGAGUUGAGUUUCAUUUGUUCGCCUCUGAACUGCUGUCAGACUGAUCAGAGCACCUCAGCACCAGCAGCUCCUGCUCAUCCAGACCACCCCACCGAGUCCUGCACAUCGAGAGUCCGGCCGCUGCCGCACAGGUCCGUCCAGCUCGGUUCUUUCUCUGUCCUGUUUCUUACCUGCUGAUUAAAUCUCUGACUGAAAGUUU